AUGGCAUCUCAGUGCCACUGGUUGGACCACACAAUUGAAUUAUCAUUUGGUAUGCCCCCAGAACUAUUGAGUCUACAAGGUUUUCUCGGAACAUUCUACUGCGAGUCGUCAAAUUCAGGGUUGACUACUGGUGCCGGGGAGGCAAGUGGCCGCAAUGCUCAGGAAUUGAGAGAAGAGCCCGGUGGUGAAGUUCGGACGGCUGUGUCUGCGCUCCGCAGCCACAUGUCUCUGACAGAGGCCUAUGAUAUACAUGAUAGUACUUCACUCCCGCAACAUCGAGGCGAACGACUGGCUCUUCGUCAAGAGCUGCGUAAACACGACCUGGGACCGUUUCCAAUGCUUGGUGCAUGGCUCUAUGCGAUAGUUGUGGCUCUGGGUGUAAUCUUCCCCGUAGUGCUUAUGCCCGGCGGUCUCCUAAGCCACUUCCUUGAUCUCGUGCUGAAUUGCCCCUUUCCUCUCCCAAUACUUCACCGAGAACUUUUUCCAUCUCUUCGUCUUCUACCUGAUGAGGUAUGUUUGGUUGGAUGUUCUACCAAUGAAGGCGAGUCAAACGCACCCGUGCAAUAA